AUGUCUUGUGGCUGGAAGGUUUCGUCAACCGAUGAUUAUCAAAUUUACGCGCCGUUUUGUACCAAGAAUGCCACCACGGGAGACACCUCUACCUUCAUAGAUUGUUACACCCCGUCCACCAACUCGUGGCAUCGAGCCACUUCCAUUCCAGGACACGGCGAAAAUCUUGCCUUGAAGGACUUUUCCAUGGCCUCUUUAGGCCACUACAUUUACGUAAUUGGCGGCCGCCUAUGCCGUAAAUCGUCCGAACCCAACAUCGGUUCAGGCCCGGAAAUCAACCCAAGUGUAGUCGCUUGCGUGCAUAGAUACAACGUCAGGACAAACAGUUGGGAAACAUGCGCCCCAAUGGCCCACCCCAGGUUCAACUUUGCUUGUACUGUUUUUAACAACAAAAUCUAUGUUGCAGGGGGGCAAAGCACAUUGGGUAGGGCUAAAGGCAUUUCGUCCACCGAAGUGUACGACCCGGCUUUGGACCAAUGGAGAUCUCUUGCCAACAUGAGUAGAAUGAGGUACAAGUGCGUGAGUGUUAUAUGGCAAGGGAAAAUCCACGUCGUUGGCGGGUUCGUUGACGGGGGAGAAAUUCCAGGCCCGUUCCACAUGACGCGGAGUUCUGCUGAAGUUUACGACGUGCAGCGUGACAAGUGGGAUUUCAUGGCCCGGAUGUGGGAUCUCGACGUGCCCCCGUACCAAAUCGUGGCGGGGAAUGGGAAGCUUUUCAGCUCCGGGGACUGCUUCAAGAGGUGGAAGGGGCAUAUUGAGGCAUAUGAUGAAAAGGAGAACAUAUGGAAUGUGGUGCACGGAUCUUAUUUCGAUUGCCUGUCUCCGACUUCCAGGGCGGAGGUUUCCAGCUGCUCCGUCAAGAUGUGGCCCUCAUACCUUACCAUGGCCCCCAUUGGGAACCAAUUGUACUUCUUGGUAGGAUACAGGAUUCCAGGGGAAGGGUCGCGGCUGAGGUCAGAGGUACACGUUUUCGACACGGCGGUUCAUGGAGGUGGAUGGCAGAGCUGCGAGCCGUUCGAGGAAGAAGGAGAGAAAGAGCUAUGUGGACAUUGCGUUGUCAUCAAACAAGAACAUUGA